ACAUAAGAUUCUAUUCUCUCCUUCCUCCGCAGGGGCGAGCGACGAAAAAUGGCGGGCGAGGGCGAAGGAAACCCUAAUCGGUUCUUCGUGGCGGUCCAUGUGGGCGCUGGCUUCCACUCACCAGCCAACGAGAAGGCCUACAGGGGAGCCAUGAAGCGCGCCUGCCAUGCCGCCGCCGCCGUUCUUCGCAAGGGUGAUGGUGGAUGUUUAGAUGCUGUUUCAGCUGCUAUUCAAGUGUUGGAGGAUGAUCCGACCACAAAUGCAGGCCGGGGUUCAAAUUUGACAGAGAAAGGUCAUGUAGAAUGUGAUGCAAGUAUCAUGGAUGGUUCUGGAGCAUUUGGAGCAGUUGGAGCUGUAAGAGACCAGGUGUACGAAAUGCCAUUCAAAUUGCCACUUGCUUGGCUAAAGAACAGACAACUGGGUCGUCCUUGCUUGGUCGAAUACCUCCAAUGUAACAUGUUCUUGGUUGGUGAAGGAGCACGUGAAUGGGGAAAGUCAAAGGGCUUAACCAUACCUACAAGUAUUUUAGAAGAAGAUUCUUGGCUGGUGACAGAAAAGGCAAAGUCACAGUGGAUGAAGUACAAAGCAAUGCUUGCCGAUGCCAAGAAAAAGAGUGAAUGCUCUCUGGAAGUGCCUACCUUAGCAUGUAGGACUGCAUCAUUGCCUACAGACACAGAAGUGGAUGAAUCACAAUCUUCAAUAGUUGGGCAAAAUAAGGAAUUGGAUGGUCAUUCAUUUAUGAAGAACAAUGACAAAGAGGAUUUUGUUAUGGAUACAGUGGGGGCUGUAUGUAUUGACAGCAAUGGACAUGUAGCAUCAGGGGCAUCUAGUGGUGGCAUUGCAUUAAAGGUUGAUGGGCGGGUUGGAUUGGCAGCAAUGUAUGGUUCAGGAUGCUGGGCUUCAGUGAAAGAUCCCUUUGGCUCUCCAUUUGUUGUUGGAUGCUGUGCAACUGGUGUUGGAGAGUGUUUGAUUAAAGGGUUUGCAGCACGUGAAUGUUGUGUGUCAUCAUCAUUGUCACAGUCAGGUCCUGUAUCUGCCUGUAUGAAAAUCCUUCGUUCUCUUAUCCACAGUAGCAGUCAAAAAUCCCAUGAUACAGGUGGUGGUGUGUUGCUACUGCAGGCUGAUACUGUGAAGAUUGCAGAAAAUUUAUCUUCUUUGAAAGCAGUCGAGGUUGUAGCUGCCUAUUCCUCAUCAUCCUUUGGGGUAGGCUAUUUUGGAAGCUUCAUGGAUCGUCCAAAGGGAGGACAGCACAUGGUUUUGAGUACCUUGGUGUAUCGUCUGGUAUAUUGGGUAUGCUAAGGUCUGAGUUAGGUCAAGGACACUGGUUUAUCAUGGCUACACUUAAAGUUCUAAUAGACAUUUGAUGUGUUAUUAUUAUUUAUGGUUCAGUCCAAGCAGUCUGGCACCGUAUCAAUUGCCAAUCUGAUUAGGGUCUGGUAGGGUUACUAGUUCCUUUUUCUUAAACCUUUGGACAAUGUAUUAGAAACAUAAUUGUGGUCUCUGUACAACAUUUUAGUUUCUGACCUGGCAGAUAAAACAUUGAUCUUAUGCCUUUAUUUUUCAGAAGCAUAUUGAAAUUUGACAAUAUGCAGCAGAGAAUUCUUUGAGCUUCUUUUGCUUUCUUUCAUUCAGUAUCUGUAUCUAACCCUUUUGGGAGGCAGAUUUAAAUUUUGGAUCAUAUGAAUACCAAGUUAUAUUGGAAUUUCCCUGUAAUUUGUAAAACUUAAUUAUAUAUCUUCUGUGUCUCUUGAUCUUAAUAAGGUUCAUUCAAUUUUGAUGGUAGAUGAGAACAAUUUAUCUAGAGAUUUUUUAUUAAGACUGAAGCCAGCUUUCAUCUUCUUUAAUUAAUGGAUCAACUGUCAUCUUUGUCCAUCAAAUAGCUAAAGGUAGUGAUCCAUUUAGUUGACCCAAAUAGUAGUGCAUUAUGGCCUUUUUUUUUAAUGGCAGACCGUGGUUUAAAAUAUUGGACGUGUCAUCCUGAAUGGGAUUUACUUGUCCAAAAAAGCAUUGAUAAUGGACCAUACAACAUGCUACCGCGCUUUAUUGUUUCCUCCAAUUAUAAUGGGGAUCCAGGUUGGCACACAUCUUGAUGUCUGAGGCAUCAUACCAGUCUGAAUUGGUGUCAGACUUGUAUGUUAUGUACAUUGUGGCAAACUAUUUAUUACAUAUACAAAUUUCAGAAAUACUAUCUGUUUUUCUCUUGAACUAUGCUUUUGUUUAGUUCAAUUUCUACAUAAUGUUAUUUAGCUGAGCAAGGGUUUUGAUUAUUGUGUGAUUAGAUUUACUGUCUUGAUUUUAUUUUCUUCAUUUUUGUACAUAGUAUUGUUUCAGAAAGAAAUGUGCUCUUUGUUUGAGGUGCCUAUGCUCACCAGAAAUGUUCAAGAUGUUACCAUCUAUCUUUCCAUCUUAUAUUAAUUUGGAAGCUAAUAGAUUAUCAAAAGAAAAAAAAGAUAGCUAGUACUAGUUGUUCAUGCAUCAUCUUGUUUGUCUAUCUACUUGUUAGAGAGGACGACUGCACAAAUGCAGCCAAAAGAGAGUAGAAUAAUUAAUAUUGUGACAUUUUUGUUUUCGAAGGCUUAUAAUUUGUUGGGGAAAAAAAAAAAACUUUCUUGUCUUAGUUGUAAUAAUUCAAUGGUAUCAUAAGAUUGCAAAUAUUGUGCUUCUUGCUGAAGCAAAUUGACUGUAGGUGAUGCUAUUUGACUACAAAAGGAUGCUAUUUCUCUUUUCACGGAAAAUGCUUUUCUGUCAUGUUCCGAGGCUCACAUAUGACAUACUUAAAGAAAUGGUUUAGGAGGAGAGUGCUGGGUAAAAACGGUCAUCAUCAGCUCAGUAUGAGAAUGCAAUUUAUUGCAUUGUUUCGCAAUGUGAUGUUUCUAGGUGUUUGUCAUUUUGUUUUGUGGAGCAUAAAAUGCAUCGUUGAUUAGCUUUUCUGGAUUAACAACCAGAGAUAUGGUUUGAUUGAAGGGAGUAGAACAAACGGAAUGAGAUAGAU